UUUUGUCUUUGGAUCUGAUAAUCAGUGAUUUUAAUUUUACUGUUAACUCAUUUAUUAAUUCUGUUAAUUCGCUGCUUAAUAUUCUCUCCCUCUCCCCUGUUUUGUGCUUUCUUCAACACUGAUGAACGCCGAGAUAGCUGCAACAAGCAACAACAAAAAAGCGCUCUCUCUCUCUCUCUCUCUCGUCUCUGCCAUUUCCCCAUCUCUCCACUCUCUCCAACUAACCACCUCCCCGAAACUGGUAACUUUCCUCCUUUUCCUGAAAAACCCUAGUUUCCAUUUCAUCUCAUUCGAUUCUUUCUUCUUCGUGUUUCUUCCCAUCACAAAUGCCGGAUGCCGGAAGCUCCUCUUUUCGGAAUUGUUCUGGCUGAUCGUUGUUUUGUUCGUUCCUCGCCCGCACCCUUCCGGAUUUUCUGUUUAGUGAUCGGUUGAUCUGAAUUUGGUUAAGUUGCUGGGCGCGUUGAUGGACAUCUGUUGUUGAUUCUGGUUCCAAUUCUUCAUUGAUCCAAGGAGCUUGUUUUGGCAUUUACUGUGGGGAAUUGGAUUUAAAUCCAAUUCAAUUUUAUCUCAAUUGUUUUGGAUUCGAAGCUUAGAGUGGAAAUCUGAAGAUCCCGAAUCGAGUGGCUUGCUGCCUCUCUGGUUACUGUGGACUCUGCUGUUCGAUGCUUGCAGGGAUAGUUGGUGUUCAUGGUAAAAUGUACACAAGCUUGUAUGUGACUAUUGGUGACGCUUUUCCGUGCUCGUGGAGUUCUGGGUCAUGAUUGGAUCCUUGGUUGGUUGUGAAAGUUCGUUUUGUUUAAAAAUUCGGACAUGAGAAGUCCUUGGCUCAAUAAACUAUAUGUUACUUUAGGCCCUAGACCGCCGGCUAGUUGGUUGUUGUUGUGCCUUGUAUGUGUCCUUGCUGUGAUUGCCAUCUUAGGAUCGACGUCUUCCACUACAUUUGAUUCCGUCGCAGUCACACCAGUUCCGAACAUUUAUUCGAAUUACAGAAGGUUAAAGGAGCAGGCUGCAGUCGAUUAUUUGGAGCUUAGAUCGUUCUCAGUUUCUGCAGCUAGGCAGCAAGUGCUUGGUCUUUGUGGCAAAGAAAGAGAACAUUUUGUGCCUUGUUACAAUGUCACUGCAAAUACAUUGGCUGGGUUUAAGGAUGGUGAAGAGUUCGAUAGGCAUUGUGAAAUGUUUAGGCCAAGAGAGCGUUGCUUGGUUCGGCCUCCAAAGGAUUACAAGAUCACCACUAAGAUGGCCGGCAGGGAGGGAUGUAAUAUGGAGUGGAAAUGUGAGGCUAAGCAGAGACCAGUUUCUUUCUUCUGGAAGCAUGACAAAGAGAUUGAUGCUGCUGGAAGAGAAUCAAAUUGCUUUUCACUCUGAAGAUGGAUCGAUAUUUGAUGGAGUGAAAGACUACUCACGCCAGGUUGCUGAAAUGAUAGGUUUAGGAAGUGACGCUGAGUUUCAUCAGGCUGGUGUAAGGACUGUGUUGGACAUUGGUUGUGGAUUCGGAAGCUUUGGAGCUCAUCUAGUGUCGCUCAAGGUAAUGCCGAUCUGCAUUGCUGCUUAUGAGGCCACCGGCAGCCAAGUUCAAGUAGCACUUGAGAGAGGCCUACCAGCUAUGAUUGGAAAUUUUAUCUCACGGCAACUUCCAUAUCCUUCAUUGUCAUUUGACAUGAUUCACUGUACUCAGUGCAGUAUUAUCUGGGAUGAUAAAGAUGGUAUGUUCCUUAUCGAAGUGGACCGAAUUCUCAAGCCAGGAGGUUACUUUGUUUUAACAUCUCCGGCAAGUAAACCAACUGGAAGUUCAUCUAGAAUUAAGAAGAGGAGCAUGGUGGCACCAAUUGAAGAAUUCACUGAAAAUAUCUGUUGGAGUCUCAUGGCUCAGCAGGACGAGACGUUCAUCUGGCAGAAAACUGCUGAUGUCAAUUGUUAUAAAUCUCGCAGUAAGUCGGCUUCUCCUCCAAUUUGCAAUGAAGGGAAUGAUAUUCCUCCAUAUUACCAGCCUCUUGUGUCAUGUAUUAGCGGAACCACUAGUCAGCGUUGGAUACCAAUUCAGAACAGGUCAACCGAGCAGUUAAGCUCAUACGAGCUUCAAUCUGAAUGUCCUUUUGCAGGAGUUCCACAAGACGAUUUCUAUGAGGACUCCCAGGUGUGGCGAUCGGCUCUUAGAAACUAUUGGUCAUUGCUAACACCAUUAAUUUUCUCCGACCAUCCAAAGAGGCCAGGCGAUGAAGAUCCAUUACCUCCAUUCAAUAUGCUAAGAAAUGUUAUGGACAUGAAUGCUCAUUACGGUGGCUUAAAUGCUGCCUUUCUGGAUGAGAAGAAAUCGGUUUGGGUGAUGAAUGUUGUCCCUGUUAGGGCCCGUAAUACUCUUCCCCUCAUAAUCAAUCGAGGUUUCGCUGGUGUUCUACAUGAUUGGUGUGAGCCCUUCCCGACUUACCCCCGAACAUAUGACUUUCUCCAUGGAUAUGGACUGCUCUCUCAUCUUAGUUCAGAGAGGUGUGGUAUGAUGGACGUACUAUUGGAGAUGGAUCGAAUUCUAAGACCUGAGGGAUGGGUGGUUCUGUCAGAUAGUGUAGUAGCCAUCGACAUGGCUCGAGCACUAGCUGCGCAGAUACAUUGGGAAGCAAGGGUUGUGGAUCCUCAGAAUGGCAGCGACCAGAGGAUACUGGUUUGCCAAAAACCAUUUGUCAAGAAAUGAUUCUUCAAGCAUUUUAGUAUUAAUGGAAUCCUUCGUAUUAACUGUACAAUCUUUGUUUUCCGCUGGCAAACUGUUACCCUCAUCUCUUUGAAACUCAGCUAGCUCUCUGUUAACAAAGCUUAUGGCCACGGAUUUGAAAUUGGCAGCAUGAACAUGUUACAACACUGUCCAGGGCCCUGAGAGCAGGAAAUUAGCACUGGCAAACUAGUGGGAAUUGGAAGAGGCUGUAGAUUAGCAAGAAGCCUUGUAUUGCUGGCUGCAGAGAAAGUGAGCUGCUAAGUGCAAAAGCCAUUCAGAUUUUUUUUCCCCCCAUUUUUGUUUUGAGUUCAAAGCAUUUGUAGCAUUUAUUCAUCGAUUUUGUUUUGGCUCCCUUCUUUUUGCUAAUUCUUUCAGUGUUGAUGAUCUCUUUGUUAUUCUUUUUUUUUAUUAUUUUAAUUUCCUUCUCUUCCAAACAUUGAGAGUUUCAAGGAAGAUUUUUCAUAUAAUUAUAUAUAAUGAAUGUACUGGGACGGGAACAGCAGUAAAGUGCAGUCAAGGAAAAACUUUAUAAAUUCCCACGACAUUCUUCUUUUUCAGUCCCUUCAAGGAUAUCCAAUAUUCUUCUUUUUCUA